UUUCAAGUGAAUGUGUUGUGUGAGUAAAACCAGCAGGAUGGGCCUCCUUCACAUCGCAGUGUCCUUCCAUAUCCUCAUGUGUCCUGCAUGGGCUCUAUCCCACCACUCUUACUUGGACAGCAUCCUCACACCCCACUCAGCUCUCAGGAUGCUGAAUGAGCCUUUGAGGUUUGACCCCUGCUGUCUCAUGUCUCCACCUCCGCCGCCGCUCUUUCCUCCGCCGCCUCAGCUCUGGAAGCGGGGCAGUCCUGAGGACAGUGGAUUGUUAGAGCCGAGUGUUUACCCUGCAGUAGAAGAGGAAGAGCAGGAAAAAGAAAAACCUGAGGUCCCAGGGUGUCCAGCUGGACCUCCAGGACCUCAAGGGCCACCCGGUCCAGAGGGCCACAGUGGGUUACCGGGCAUAAGAGGACCAAAGGGGGAGAAGGGAGAAAUUGGACGUCCUGGGUCAAAGGGUCGGACAGGAGCCCCAGGACUUCCAGGGAAACAAGGACUUCCAGGUUGGCCUGGUUCUGAGGGACCCAAGGGUGACAAAGGUGAUCCAGGAUUAAUGGGACUACCAGGACUCAGGGGACCACCUGGAACAAAAGGUUUGCCUGGCUAUAAAGGAGAGAAGGGCUUUCAUGGCGACCCGGGUACAGCAGGAACAAAAGGUGACAAGGGCUCCAUUGGUUUGCCUGGAAUGCUUGGACAGAAGGGGGAGCAAGGACCAAAAGGGGGGCCCGGAGUCCCAGGGAAGAGAGGACCUACUGGACGGCCAGGAAAGAGAGGCAAACAGGGGAUGAAAGGUCAGACUGGAGCUGCAGGAGUCAUGGGUCCCCCAGGACCUCCGGGUCCAAAUGGCCACCCUGGGCCACCUGGUCCUCCAGCCUCAGGUCUCUAUUUAGUGGGUGAAAAGGGGGAAAAAGGUCUUCCAGGUCCACCAGGCCGCUGUGAGUGUGACACCACUACUGGAGUAAACAAUGCCCCUUAUGGAAGCUACACCCAACGGGAUAAUCUCAACAGAGUCCCUGCUAUAUUUGUGGUAAACAGUGAAGAAGAGAUGGGCCGUCUAAAAGUAGACAACGCAAUAGCCUUCAGGAAGGAUCAGAGGAUGCUCUACUUCAAAGAUAAAGAUGGAUGGAAGCCCAUACAGCCCUUCCAGCCCUUCCAGUCCACAGAGAAAGUCCCGGACAGAGUCGGUGUGUGUGGGGAUGGCAAAGUGCAGGCCCAACAUGGAGAGGAGUGUGACGAUGGAAACCAAAUUGUCAGUGAUGCUUGUCUCAACUGUAAGUGGGCCUACUGUGGAGAUGGCUACCGGCAUGAAGGCAUGGAGGAGUGUGACGGAAAAGACUUUGGUUAUCAGACCUGCAAAUCAUAUCUUCCUGGAUCCUUUGGGCACCUCAAAUGCACCGACUCUUGCCUCAUCGAUUCCACUGGGUGCAAGUAUUUCACCUGAACUGAAGAAAUGGGUAAAAAAUGGCUGCAUUGCAACUUUGCACUUCCUCCUUCUGAUCAUGGGGCUUCACUUCCAGUUUGUCCUGAAGUCUCCAAAAAAUAACUGGUGGACUCAGAGAGAACAAAACAGGUGCAUAUUUUUGCGCUGAGAGCCAUGAAAUGUCAUUGGAUCCAGCUUUGAAUCAACUGUCCAGUGUGGAGGUUGCAUUCUUUUACUGACCCCAGGGAGCAGCUUCUCGCUACUCCCACAUGGCUGCAGCACUGUUAUGGACACUGGUCGAAGUGGGAAACAUUUUAAUAAUGACUGUGUCUUAUUAUAUAGUGAAAAUAUGUAUGACUUGCUGACUGUUAAUGCAGAAAUAAGCUGUGUAAACAUCUUUUAUAAUAACAAGAAAAGAAAUGCCUUUAAGAGAGGCAGCAAUACUAUAUGUACAGUAGUAUGCAAAUCAGAGGUGUAUAAAUGUGUUUAUUUCCAUUUACUGUAUUACAACUCAUAUAUUUAUGAAGUGCAAUGUUCUGUAAUAGCAUGUCAAUGUGUCCCAGUGCACAACAGACUUUCAGUUAUGUGCCAUAUCUUUACCAAGUGCUGUUUUGUGCUAGAAAAAGUGUGGCCCUCUUUUAGUGAAUGUCCAAUUACCCGACAGGAGGAAAAUGAAUGUCAUACUGCAGCAUCAGCAGAGUAAAAUACAUGAGAUUAUUGCAGCAGCAUGAAGAAACUGCUCAUUUACAUGUAAAUGACACCAAAUGUUAACUGAGAAAAGACAAUGAUUUGUGGAUAUUCUGCCUGUAUGAAUGUCAACUUCACAAUCCACUGGAGACUAAUAAAAAUAUGUGCUUAGGUU